AAUACUACUCGAUCAAAAUGAACAAGCUCAUCCUCGCCCUCUCGCUCACCGGCGCCAGCGCCUUCGUGGCCCCGACGACGACGUCGGCGCCCAUGACCCAGGUCCAGGAGACGAAGGCGGACCUCGUCGCGCUCCAGGAGUCGCUCCCCGGCCCGCCGGGCUACUGGGACCCCCUGUCCCUCGCCGGCUCGACGAUCCUGUCCCAGUGGGGCCUCACGACGGAGGAGGAGAACAUCGGCUGGUGGCGCCACGCGGAGAUCAAGCACGGCCGCGUCGCGAUGGCGGGCUUCCUCGGAUUCGUCGCGCAGUGCACGCCCCUCGUCUCCGGCGAGCACGGCACGCUGCCCUACCGCGGCUACGUCGCCGGCGUCACGCCCCAGGAGCAGUGGGACAACAUCCCCCUCCUCGCGAAGCUCCAGAUCUUCAUCGCCAUCGGCAUGCUCGAGUCGUACGGCGAGGGCGCGGGCUCGCCCGAGGGCUACGUCCACUACACCAAGGGCGGCCAGCCGGGCUACUACCCCGACAUCAAGGGCCGCGUCGCGGGCCAGAUCCAGCUCAACCUCUACGACCCCUUCCAGUUCGGCUUCCGCUCCGCGUCGCCCGAGGCCAAGGCCCGCGGCCUCAAGGCCGAGCUCCUCAACGGCCGCGCCGCCAUGAUGGGCCUCUUCGGCCUCCUCUCCGAGUCCUCCGUCCCCGGCUCCGUCCCCUUCCUCUCCAAGAUCGAGGGCUUCCCCCACUACAGCGGCAACGUCAUGAUCCCCUUCGAGCACGACUUCUCGCUCUUCGCCUAGGCGCCGCCGGCCCGCGGCGGGCCCUCUCUUCGAGGGGGCGCGUCGCGGACCCCACGCGACCGCGCGGCGGCGCGCGCGGCUCGUAACAGACCG